AAAGAUGUCAUUCUUCAGCAUACUAAUUUUUUUGAUGGUGUAAUAAUGUUCAAAAGGAAGUGCAUUGGUAAACACUCUUGAAAAGAUUAUUGAUCGAGGAUCUUUGCGAGCGAAAGUGACGUGUUCAGCAAAUUCCAACUUACAUUUUCGAUGGGUGAUUAUUAUUUUUCCUUCGGAAACUAUAGGACAGUAGCGUAGACAAAGAUAUCAACAAUGGCAACUCCGGAAAAAGAUAACUGUUCCCCUACGUCGUCGUCGCAUUAUGCUUUGCACGUAGCAUUGCAGACGAUGAAAGAUCGAUGUCAAAAUUUACAGAAACGAUUGAGUGCAUUGGAGGAGGAAAACCUCUCACUACGGAUGUCGCAAACAAGCAUGCAAAACGAUGCACGGAGUUCCGAAUCGGAACGGCGUGUUUCCAAUCAAACCGAACUAGAGGUACUUCGUGAAAAAGUUUCCGAAUUGUCUCGUCAGAAGGUACAGCUGAUGGAUCACAUUUCCAUGGUGGCAGCCGAAAAUCGACAGCUUUGGAGCCGUCUCUCUAAACUAACUAAAGAUAAUCAGACGUUGGGGGAGUCGGUCGUACGAAUAAAUGACCCCGUUCCGUCUGCCUUAGGCGGCUCUCAGAACUUGAUCCGAUCAAAAACUUUCACGAAAAAUGCACCUAAUCCUAAACUACGGGAUAGAUUGCCACGGGAGGGUACCGAUGGAUCUUCCUCAUCGGAGGAAAUUAACCUGGACUUGGAAGAUGUGUCCCUACUGAACAACUGCGGUUUUGUAGACAGCGGAGCAGGAGCCGAGAUGGGUUUUCUUCAGCAAGAUGGGGAAGAUUUAUUAUUGUUCGACGUGGAAAACAACCCAGAUGCAAAACGGUGCACCGAAGGCCUGCUGGACAUCCAGAAAGAGCUACUGCGGCAGCAAACUGUGCUGAAGGUGGCUCUUGGAAAGUUGCAGAUUACUAAAGAAACAUGUCAGUCCUGCAUGAAAUGUAAAACCAACGCCAAACCACAAAUGGUGGACAAAACUGUGGAAGUGGGUAACGAUCUACCGAAGCAGCUUUCAACGGAAGAUUUUCCUCUACCGGAUAUUCCGAAGGGAGUGGCUGCUACUGAAAUGGUUCCGGCUGUGAAGCUUAUCCCGGCAACAGAAACGGAAGCCAGCACACUGAAAUACGUGAACAUUCUGCAGGACAAGAUCAAAGCGGACGCGGUGGAUAAAAUGUGUCCCAUGUGCGGGAAAAUCUAUGUGAAAAAUAUUUCUUUCGACGAGUUUCAGGAACACGUCGAGUCACACUUCAUCGACAAUGACAACGAGCUGGACCUGAGUCUGGAUCGGACCUAUGAGUAUAUUUCGCAAACCGUGGGCAACUUUUGACCUGACGCCGAGCGGAGGAUUUAUUUCUAUAGUGAACUCUGAAUCCCCGUCGGAGACCCUCCUCCUUGUUUCGAAUGCAGGGAAAAGUGCUGUUUUUCCUCUCAGAUUUUAGGAUGGUUGUUUGAAUGUUUUAACGAAACCUGUAUUAUUGUAUUACACAAACUUGAUUGAAUUCUAGAGUUAGUAGUACCGAAUAUGAAGCAACGAUUCCGCAGGAUGUUUAUUUAGAGAAUGUAUGCUUCGGCGACCUGACAAUUGUGAUUCGGUACAAUAAAAUUAUCCUAAUCAAUUGUUUCUUGCAA